ACGAAAUCUUACAAGCGGGGAAGCGAAGAAGAAGGUAUUGGUUUUGCAGGAACAAUGCAGAGCUCUCUCUAAACUGUAAUGCUCAGCCACCACUCCAAAUGGAUCCAAUCUCUCACCGCCGAUUUCCUGAAAUCCCACUGCAAAUCGGUCCGGGGAACGAAGCAAGCCCACGCUCUCCUUCUCCGAACCCACCUCUUCUGCGACAACCUCUUCGCCAGCAAACUCAUCUCCUUCCUCGCCUCCAACUCCGGCGACAUCCUAUACGCCUCCAGAAUCUUCGCCCAAAUCCAUAGCCCGGACACCUAUAUCUGCAACACCAUGAUCAGAGGCUUUGCCAAGAGCCACACGCCCUCCGAAUCAAUCUCCCUUUACUACUAUAUGGUCCGAUGUGGUGUCCCGUGCGAUCACUUCACGCAUCCAUUUGUGUUGACCGCUUGCGCUCGGUUGCGGGAGGUUAGAUUGGGCCCGAGGUUUCACUCCGAGGUUCUGAAGAACGGGUUGGAGCCGGAUUUGUUUGUGGCGAACGCGUUGAUUCAGUUUUACGGGAGCUGUGGGUGGGUUGGGGAUGCCUGCCAGGUGUUCGAUAGAAGUCCUGUUAGAGAUGUUGUGACUUGGAAUGUGAUGAUAAAUGGGUAUGUUGAGAGGGGUUUGUAUGAACAAGCGUUUGGUUUGUAUGAAGAGAUGUUGAAGUUAGAUUGUAUUCAGCCAGAUGGUGUGACUCUGAUUAGCUUGGUCUCUGCUUGUACGCAGAUGGGUGACUUGAACAGAGGAAAGUGGUUUCAUUCUUGCUCGAAGGAGCUUGGUUUGGAUAAGAAUCUGACUGUUGGAAAUGCAAUUUUGGAUAUGUAUAUUAAAUGUGGUGAUUUGGAACUAGCCAGAGAGGUGUUUUUGGGGAUGGAUGAGAGAGAUGUUUUGACUUGGACCAGCAUGCUAAUGGGAUUGACUAGCUUGGGCCACUUUCAAGAAUCGUUGGACCUAUUUCGAAGAAUGCAGUUUGAGAAGAUACAAUUGGAUGAAAUCACACUGGUGAGUGUUCUCACAGCCUGUGCACAGACAGGAGCCUUGGACCAGGGCAAGUAUGUCCACCUUUUAAUUGACAGAUACAACAUGAAGCGGGACAUUGUGCUUGAAACAGCACUUGUCGAUAUGUAUGCCAAGUGCGGUAAAAUUGAUCUGGCUUUGCAAGUGUUUGAUAAGAUUAGAGUCAGGAACGUUUUCACGUGGAAUGCAAUGAUUGGAGGAUUGGCGAUGCAUGGUCAUGGUAAAGAGGCAAUUGCACUCUUUGAUCGUAUGAAACAUGAUCAAGUAAUGCCUGAUCAUGUUACAUUCAUUGCGUUGCUAUGUGCAUGCAGCCAUGCAGGAUUGGUUGAGAAAGGAUUUGAAAUGUUUAGAACAAUGAAAGAGGUUAUCCGCCUUGAACCAAGAAUGGAACAUUAUGGAUGUAUGGUGGAUAUGCUUUGUAGAGCAGGGCUCAUAAACGAUGCACUGAAUUUCAUAGAAACCAUGCCCAUUGAAGCCAACUCCGUGGUGUGGGCUAUUCUUCUUCGAGCCUGCAGAAUGGGUGGGCAUUUUGAGCUUGCUCAAAGGGUGGGUAGAAGGGUGAUUGAGUUAGAACCUGAUUCAUGUGGCCGCUAUGUGAUGCUAGCAAGUGUGUAUGCAGGUUUGAGCCAGUGGGAUGAUGCAUCAAAAAUAAGAAACUUGAUGAAAAGGCAAGGCAUUGAGAAAAUACCAGGUUGUAGUUGGAUGGAGUUCAAUGGCACAAUUCACCAAUUUGUUGCAGGUGAUAAAUCACAUCUUCUGGUGAAGGAGAUAUAUGCCAUGAUCGAAGAGAUGACCCAGAGGGUAAGUUUGGAUGGAGGUCAUGCCCCAGCUCCGCCAGAUGUUCCAUUUGACAUAGCUGAUGAAGAGAAAGAGUAUUCUGUGCUGCUGCACAGCGAAAGAUUGGCUGUUGCUUUUGGAUUAAUAAGUACUCCCCCUGGUUCACCAAUUCGAAUAGCAAAGAACCUUCGUGUCUGUAAUGAUUGUCAUUCUUUCUUGAAAGUAGUCUCCAGGAUAUACAAUAGAGAGAUUAUUGCAAGAGAUCGCAGCCGUUUUCACCAUUUUAGGUAUGGCUUGUGUUCCUGUAGUGAUUACUGGUAGCCUCUUGAAAAUACAAUACAUUUUUUCCAAGAUUAAGGACAAAAAGAAAUGAAAUGCAUUCAGUUAUAACUUAGGAUGUAAAUUAUUCUCUUUACCUUAUCUUUUUGAUGCAGAUUACAGCUUGAUCCUAAAAGACUCUCUGCAAGAAUCAAU